AUGCCCCUCCCCGCCCCAACUCCGGCCAUCUCCUUCGAUCACCGCAUAUCCACUGGGAACAGCGUUGGCCUGCUCAGCGCGGGGCAGCUGUCCACCUUGUCGGAGUCCAGUGCAGAGAGCCUGGGGGAGGGCCUGCAGGGAGUGUUGGAGGGUGAGGCGCUGGUCUCCUCUGCAGAUGUGGACGCUCGUAAAGUAGUGGUCCUCGGGGUGCCAUGGCAAACAGAGGACUCUGCGCUGACGCGCCACUUCUCCCAGUACGGCGCCGUGGAGGACGCCCAGAUCAUGCGCGAGCGGUACUCGGGCAAGUCGCGCGGCUUUGGCUUCGUGACCUUUGCCAGCCCCAGCGAUGCCCGGACCGCCGUGGCCUCAGAGCACGUCAUCGACGGCCGCAAGUGCGAGGCCAAGUUUGCGCUGCCGGAGGGCAAGGUCGGCUCGGCGCGCACCACCCGCAUCUUCGUCGCCCGCAUCCCCUUCUCCGUCUCGGAUACCUCCUUCCGUGCCUACUUUGAGCAGUUUGGCGCAGUGCAGGACGCCUACAUGCCCAAGGACCCCAGCAAGGCGGGGCACCGCGGCAUCGGCUUCGUCACCUACGCGGGGGCAGAGGCAGUGGACCGUGUCAUGGCGCGCUCCCAUGUCCUGGGCGGGAACGAGGUGGCCAUUGACCGCGCCACGCCCAAAGACCGAGGCGCCGGAGCCUCGGCGGCGGCGGCCGCCGCGAUGCUGCCCGGCCGCCUCAGCAUGAGCCAGCCCAACCUGCCGCUGCUGGGCGGCGGCGGCGCCGGCGCCUCCGCGCAUGGCAGCACGGCCGUGGCGGAGUACCUGCGCGCGCUGGCGGCGCAGGGGCCCGGCGCGGCGGGCGCGGGAUCGCCGCGGCGCGACGUGCGCCCCGUUGGACGCGGAAAUGUGCCCAGCCAAGACGCCUACGCCGCACGGCGCAACGCCAGCCACCCGGCGCUCAGCGGCGCGGUGCCGGCCGGCAGCGCCGGGGUCACGCCCGACCACACGCCGCGCGGCCGCGGCAGCGAAGGCUACCUCGACGCCGGCGGCGCCGCGUCCGCAGGGGGCGGCCUGCCGGAGUACCUGGGCGCGCUGCACGGCGGCGGCGGCGGCGCGUCCGGCGGCGGCGGCCUGCACCGCGCCCUGGCGCGGGAGGGCAGCAUGGGCGGCUCCGCCGGUGGCGGGCUGCACGCCAUGCUGGCGCAGGCCGCCUACCAGGCACGCCUGGCCGGCUCCGCCAGCUUCGGGUCGCUGGAGGGCGGUGCGGGCGCAGGACCCGGUGGCGGCCUGCUGCGCGUCCCCAGCGGACAGGCGCUGGGCGCGCAGUACCACCAGGCGGGGCCGGGCGACGCCGGCGCGAGGUACCACCACCAGGCCGGCGCCGGUGGUGACGCCUUUGGCUCCUACGGCCACGGGUUGGACGCGCUGGGCGGUGGCGCGUACGCGCCUGGGUACUCCCAGGACCUGGCACGCACCGCCUCCGACGCACUGGCCAGCAGCUGGAUGGGCGGCGGCGGCGGCUCCCUGCACGGCGGCGGCUCCCUGCAGUACGGCAGCGGGCUCUUGCACGGCGGCGGCGGUGGCUCCAUGCAUGGCGGCGCCGGCGGCUCCUUGCACGGCGGCGGCUCGGUGCAUGGCGGCACCAGCGUGCACGCCGGCGGCUCCAUGCACGGCGGCUCCUCCAUGCAGCACGGCGGCGGGGGGUCGAUGCAUGGCCCCGCGUCGGCGCGGGCCGGCCCGCGCAUCUUCGUGGGCAAGCUGAACAAGGACACGAGCGAGGCGGACGUGAAAGACUACUUUGGCACCUUUGGCUUCGUCAUGGACGUCUACCUGCCGCGCGACCGUGCCAACAAGCGCGAACAUCGCGGCUUCGGCUUCGUCACCUUUGAGACUGAGGCCAGCAUCCAGCGCGUCGUGGCACAUGGCGCGCACCAGAUCAGGGGGGCCUUUGUCGCCAUCGACGCGGCCGUGCCCAGACAGGUGUUUGUGUGUGAGGGUGUUGGGGGAUGCAGGGCUCUGCUGCUAGUAGUCGCUGUCGUUGCUAUUUUAUGGGAGGGUGACGAGGGCGGGCAGGGUGGACGCCCUCCAGACGAGGACCCACUGCCUCCGCGCCAAAGUUCCUGCAUGGAGUUGCUCGCCCCCCCCAACCCCCCCCCGCCCCGCACACCCGCACAGGAGGAGAUCCUGUCGCCGGGCGCGCGCCCGGCAGGCAGCCUGAGUCAUGCAGCCAGCAGCGGGGCGUUUGGCUCGCCCUCUCCAGCCAACGAUGGCCUCACGGCUGCCCUGGAGUCCAUGCGCUUGGGGACCUCGGGGGGGUCUGGCCUCUGGGGCCGCUGA